GGCCUAUGGGGGAAGAAACAGAAAGAAAACAUAGCAGAUUAAGUUUGAAUAAUUGACUCGUGUUUUUGCCGGUUUAUUUAUCAUCUCAACAGUUGCAAAAAUCUAUGAUUUGAAAUUGUGAAUAAAACUAAUCUAGCAUGGAAAGUAAAUCUGAAUCCAGUAUUAAAGAAUGGUUUCCUCACCACAUAAUAUCUAAAGGAGAACCUAUCGCUUUACUCAUCCUAAACCAACCACUUGAUGAAGAAAACGUAGAAUAUUUACAGUCUAUUUGGAAUUCGGCUGCAUUCCGUGUAGCUGUUGAUGGUGGAGCUAAUGAGUUAAAGGAUAGUUCUAAGAAUCAUAUUAAUCAAACAGAACUUAUACCAGACUUGAUUUGUGGAGAUUUUGACUCAGCUUUACCAGAAAUAUUAGAUUAUUACAGGGAAAAGAAUGUGGCCGUUAUUCAUACCCCAGAUCAAGAUGAAACAGAUUUCACUAAGGCUCUUAGACUGACCGUUGAAAUCAUUAAGGAUAGAGGUUUACAGGUAUCUUCGAUUGUUGCCUUAGUAAGAAAUGGUGACAGGCUUGACCACAUUUUAGGAAAUUUAAAUACCUUGUACUUGGCUUUAAAGUUUACAACUUUGCCCGUAAUGAUCUUAGGACAUGGUUCUAUAACAUGGCUUCUUUCAACUGGAUCUCAUAAAAUACAUAUUACGGAUGAAAUGAUGAGCUCGCAUGUUGGAUUGGUACCUUUAGGUAAAGAAUGUACUAAUGUUUCAACAACAGGACUGAAAUGGAAUUUGACCCAAGACAAAAUGAAUUUUGGAGGAUUGAUAAGUACAUGCAACUUGUUCGAUAGUAAUGUUGUUACAGUUUCCACUGACACACCUUUGAUUUGGACAAUGGAAGUGAAACUCAAGUAGUUUUAAUAAAUUUCAUCUAAAAUUAUGAUUUUUUGUUAAAUGCUCUGUG